AAUGUGAACUGAGAUUUUAUCAUUCCUUAUAAAAGUAAGAUGUCAGUAGAAUACUAUAGAACAACUGGAAAUCAAUUUUAUAGUAAUAGACGCCACACGAAUUUAUCCAGAAUGAUGCGAUUCAUUCUGUUGCUGGCCGCUGCCGGUUUGGCUGUGGGAUACAAAAAUCCUCAUUAUGCCUCCGGCCGGACUACGAUGGUACAUCUUUUUGAAUGGAAAUGGGACGACAUUGCUGCUGAGUGUGAAAGGUUCCUUGGACCACGAGGUUUUGGUGGAAUUCAGAUCUCACCACCUAAUGAGAAUUUGGUGAUCUGGUCAAGGAAUAGACCAUGGUGGGAGAGAUACCAACCAAUAUCUUAUAGACUAGUGACUCGUUCCGGUAAUGAGCAGCAAUUCGCUAACAUGGUGCGUCGUUGUAACAACGUUGGUGUUAGAAUUUAUGUAGACGCCAUCAUUAACCAUAUGACGGGUACUUGGAAUGAGAAUGUCGGCACUGGAGGCAGUACUGCUGACUUUGGAAACUGGCAUUACCCUUCCGUGCCCUAUGGAAGAAAUGACUUCAAUUGGCCACAAUGUGUAAUUUCUGGCAACGACUACAACUGCUGUCCUGACAGAGUGCGAAACUGUGAGCUCUCCGGUUUGAAGGACUUAAACCAAGGUUCUGCCCAUGUUCGUAACAUGAUUGUCAAUUACAUGAAUCAUCUGAUUGGUCUUGGAGUCGCUGGAUUCAGAAUUGAUGCUGCUAAGCACAUGUGGCCUGGAGAUCUUCGCGCAAUCUAUGACAGGCUACACAAUCUCAACACAAACCACGGUUUCCCAUCUGGUGCCCGUCCUUAUGUCUACCAAGAAGUUAUCGAUCUUGGUGGCGAAGCUAUCAGCCGGAAUGAGUACACAUCACUCGCUGCCGUAACUGAGUUUAGAUUUGGAUUGGAAUUAAGCAGAGCCUUCCAGGGUGGGAAUCAAUUGAGAUGGUUAAGCAAUUGGGGACCUAACUGGGGCCUCCUUACGAGCGACGAUGCUUUAACAUUUAUCGAUAACCAUGACAACCAAAGAGGCCAUGGUGCCGGUGGUAAUAUUCUUACAUACAAGAGUUCUAAACGAUACAAGGGAGCAAUUGCUUUUAUGUUGGCCCACCCGUAUGGCAAACCUCAGUUGAUGAGCAGCUUCGAUUUCUGGGACACUGAAGCUGGUCCGCCGAUGGACCGCAAUGGCAAUAUCAUUUCCCCAUCUAUUAAUUCUGAUGGUACUUGCGGCAACGGAUGGAUCUGUGAGCAUCGCUGGCGUCAAAUCUACCAGAUGGUUGCGUUCAGAAAUGUUGCCGGAAACACUGGCGUGAAUAACUGGUGGGACAACGGCAGCAACCAAAUUGCCUUCUGUCGCGGCCAGCAAGCUUUCAUUGCUUUCAACAACGACAACUGGGACCUUAAUCAAAACCUGAAUACUUGCUUACCAGCUGGCACUUACUGUGAUGUCAUAUCUGGUGUCAAAGAGGGCAACAGAUGUACGGGCAAAACUGUUACCGUCGGCAACAAUGGAGUUGCAAAUAUUUCGAUACGAGCUAACGACUAUGAUAUGAUUCUUGCUAUUCACCGCGGCAAUGAGUCAAGAUUAUGAAGAUUGAUUUCACUGGAAUUGGCGUAGAAGCG